GUGAUUCGGCCGGGGAGAGAGUUACGUCCUGUCAAAUUGCGUUGGAAUAUUUUGCAGUUCGCACUGUUCGCAACUUGAUUUCGAAUCAAUUAUUUAUAACUUAUAACUUAUUUCCUCCUAGAAGCAUCCUAAUCUUUGCAGAGAAUCUCUAUCACUCCUAUCAGAAAAACGAUGAGAAAUGGCUUGAAGGACUACUGGAAUUAUUUACCAAUGAGAUACCGGCAUUCAACGUUUAAUUAAUUCUCAUGACGUGAUUUGCAUAUUGUUCGAUGCAACGUUCCAUAUUAAAUAACGAGAAUGGCAGUUAUUAUUGAUUCUGUGAUAUAUCUGUGUUUUGUGGCGAUUCUUUGGGGAGUAACCAAUCCAUUUAUAAAGAAAGGUGCGCAAGGUUUAGAGGAUAUCAGGGCCAAGUCAGUUUAUGGACAAUUUUUUAAGGAGCAGUUAUUUCUCAUUACUAAUCUGAAGUACAUCGUGCCGUUUCUCCUUAAUCAAUGCGGUUCGGUACUGUAUUUCUUGACUCUGCAGAAUAGCGACCUAUCUCUGGCUGUGCCAGUUUCAAAUUCUCUUACCUUCGUAUUUACUGCGAUUACAGGCUGGUUCCUGGGCGAGGAAAAAGUGCAUAGAAAUACUUAUCUGGGAAUGAUACUUGUGUUGUGCGGAACCAUGUUAUGUUGUUGGGACAAAUUGAAUAAAACUGUGGAAUUAUGAUUUGUACA